ACAUACAGAAAUAGUAUAUUGAAAUAGAAUUAAAUUGCUACAACAAUUAGAACCAGUUCAAUACUAACAUCCAAUGUAAAAGAUUAAAAUGCUCAAAAUACUACAGCACCCUGUCGCCUGCCUUAAAAACUUUCUGUGGGUUGCCACGGCCAAGUGAGGAUUCACACUCUGGUCUCCUGCAAUAUGUUCGGAUGACUUUUGCAACAUCGUUACACUUAAAUCCACCUUGUUGUUGUGGUUGUGUGCCUUCAAGUGGUUUCUGACUUAAUGGCAAGCCUCUGGUCACCCAGUAACCCAGCCUCAAUGCAGCCAAACAGGAGACGCAAAAUAGAGUGGGACAGCUUGUCCGUUAGCUCCCCUACCAAAUACUACAAGCUCACAGAAGAAGGGCCGCCUCAUCCUUCCCCUAACAGUCGCCUUGGUGGCAAGACAGCUGCAUUCAAAAAGAGCUUGCACUUUCCAGAAUCUUCUUAUAAGGCAUUCUCCAGAACUUCAUUCACUGCAGAGGAUUCUUCCUCUGAUGAGUUUGAACUAGAAGAUGAAGCCAGCAGCAUGGUUCAAGAGAGUCUGGGCCAUUCUGUUUUGGGUAGAAGUCUGCUUGUAAAAAACUCAGCCAGUGACAUGUCUAGGCGAAAUGUGACAUCUACACCUGGAGAAUCCCCGAAACAAAAGGUUAAACAAGAUGGUUGCAGUGAUUCAGGCCCAAGUCUUACAUCGAGCAGCGAAAAAAAGGACACUUCAAAAGAAGCAGAGGCUGAAUCUGGGAGGAGGAGAGUGAAGAGCAAGGAUCAAGAUCAAGGUGCUCGAGUAAUAUAUCGCAAAGCCCUGUUGGGUAUACUUGGUGGAGCGCUACGAGCUAAAAGAGAGGCAGCAACUCCAAAUGGAGUUCACAUAGAAAGAAAAGAGGCAUCUGGAUCAUCUGACAAUCUGAAACAUCCCUCAGUAGCAUCAAAACCUGGGGAACAGCAAACUGCAAAAGACUCGGACUGUUCAAAAACUAUAACAAAAGAGCACAUCAAUAUUUCUAUCAGACAAAGUAAAGAAGAGUCUUGUAGGUCAGAUGGUAGCUCAAGACAUGUUUCUGUAGUUUUAAGAUCAGAAGGAGAAAAAGAACUUAAGCAUGAGUCCAGAUUUCAGAAAGUUGCUACAAAAGAAGAUAAUACUACACGGCGUAGUGGAAAAGAGGCUUCUAGACCAGGUAGCAGCUCACGCUUUACCCAUGCAGUAUCCAGGUUUGAAGAUGAGUCAGAUCAUCAACAAGAAUCCACUUUUCAGAAAACUGCUGUUCAGGAAGAACAUAGUACCUCUAGGCACAAUAGAAAAGAGUCUUCCAGAUCAGGGGGCCGGUCAAGACAUAUCCAUCAGUCAUCAAGUAUUGAAAAUGAGCCAGAAUUUCCACAGGAGUCCAGGUUUCAGAAAUCUGUUGUAAAGGAAGAACAGAAGACUUCUAGGCAUAGCAGAAAAGAAGCUUCCAGACCAAGCAGCAGCUCGAGACAUGUAAUGAGCUUUGAACAUAAGACAGAAUUUCAGCAGGAACCAACCAGCCCAAGAACUGUAGUAAAAGAGGACAGUGAUACUUCUUUUGGAUAUGAUAGAAAUACACCUUGCAGAGAGCUUCACAGAUCAGAUGACAAUUUAAAAAGUGUUUGUAAUCUUUCACAAACUGAAAGAGAAUGGAAGUGUCAGAGAGAGUCUGCCAAAAAGCAAAAUAUAACUAAUGAAGAAAAUGCUAAUACCAAUCUAAGUAAAAAGGAAUCCCAGAGACCAGAAAACUACUUAAGAUGUAGGUCUGAUGUUUCAAGCUAUGAUGCUGAACUGCUCAUUAAGGUCAGUACUACCACAAAACAGGAAACUGUAUCAAAAGAUAAAUGCAUUUCCUCCAGUUCAUCUGAUACACAGAGUGAAACCAAAAGAGAGUUUGUAAAUUUCCAGAGGACAGUUAUUGUUGAACCUUCUCCAAAACAUAUGCUUGUGGAGGAACCUCGUUCAGAAGUAGAUCAAAAGUUUACUGAGCAAGAAAAAGAGCCUUCAGUUGAAAGCGAUUGGUCUGACCUCGAGGAUGUAGAGCCACCUACUACUUUCUCACAAGAGGAUUCCAUCCCAAAUUACAGUACAUCAGAAACAAAGGAGAAUUCAAUGUUAGCGACAGAGUUUGUGAUGUAUCCUCCUCAUUUAUACAGUUGCAAAAUAAGUGAUUAUGCAAAGUAUUGGACAAGCAGUCCCAAGCCAACAAGUUGUGCUUCUUUUUCAGUCCCCUCUAAAGAUGAUUCAUAUGAUAGCCAUCUCUGUGAUAAUUCAGAUUUUUCAACUAGUAUCUUUUCAGACACAUCAAGAGAUCAAAGACCUUCAGUGGAAAAUGUGCAUGAUAGGUCAUGGUCACUUAGUUCUCCAUUGCUGUGUGAAAAGCAAAAGAGACGACAGAGUAUGGAAGUACCAUCCCAUGUUCCUAUCUUUUCGACAUCACGCAAGUCAGACUCUUUCAUUAAUAAUCGUGUAAACCAGGAUUUACAUGGUGACUUACCUAAAUAUUUAGAAGAAGGAUUUAUUGACACCCACUGCCAUCUGGAUAUGUUAUAUUCAAAGAUGGCUUUCAGGGGCACCUUUUCUAAGUUUAGAACAACUUAUGAUAGCACUUUUCCUGAAGAAUUUCAAGGCUGUAUAGCUGACUUUUGUGAUCCUCGUACCUUGAAGAACAACUUAUGGGAAGAUCUGUUAAAAGAAGACAUGGUUUGGGGUGCAUUUGGCUGUCAUCCACAUUUUGCCCGUUACUACACAGACCUUUAUGAAAUGCAUCUUUUACAGACAAUGAGACACCCCAAAGCUAUUGCCUUUGGAGAAAUGGGGCUUGAUUACUCUUAUAAAUGUAGCACUGAAGUUCCAAAGCAGCAUAAGGUAUUUGAAAGACAACUGAAUCUAGCUGUUUCCUUAAGGAAGCCAUUAGUAAUUCACUGCAGAGAUGCUGAUGAGGAUCUGUUGGAAAUCAUGAAAAAAUGUGUACCAAAAGACUACAAAAUACACAGGCAUUGCUUUACUAGCAGAUACAGUGUCAUUGAACCACUGUUGGACUACUUUCCAAAUCUUACUGUUGGAUUCACAGCAUUACUGACAUACCCAUCAGCUCAUGAAGCUAGAGAGGCAGUUCGAAAAAUUCCUUUAAGCAGAAUAGUAGUAGAAACAGAUGCACCUUAUUUCCUUCCGAGGCAGGUGCCCAAAAGUGUAUGCCAGUAUUCACACCCAGGAGUAGCUUUGCACACAGUGAAAGAGAUCGCCCGCCUCAAAGAGGUGCCUGUGUCCAUCAUGUUAGCCAUACUAAGACAAAAUACAAACAAAAUCUAUAAUUUGUAGGAAAGUGCAAGGGAGUGUGGGGAAGGGAAUGAGAAGGAAAUGUCUCCAUGAAGUUAUUAUGGUUCCUCCAAGUGAUUGAUGUAAAUAGGUUUUUGGGCUUGUAUGCUAACUUUGACAAGCUUGAAUAUUGUGACUCUUGAGAAAAAGGGAAAUAGUUAAAAGUGCUUAAUUGAAACACAGUCAUUUAGACAUUCAUACGUUUUCCAAAUUUCUUUGCCCCCCGCUUCCCUUCCAGUAUUAUUGGUUGCCUGCCAUUUAAGGUGCCUUAGUGUUUACUUUAUUCUUGAACAGUGACUUCAUUUUUUAAUUGCUAAUAGUUGAGGGCAACACAAAAAAUAGUGACUAAUUUUUAAUUUUCCUUUUAAUUAGGCAGUUUUUAAUCUCUUCAAUGGGUUCCUUUUUUAAUGAAGAAAAUAAUUUAGUUUUUCUAUGAUGUUAUGCAUUAUUUGAAAUUUAAAGAGCUUAUUUGUAAAUAAAUGUAUUUUUAUAUAAAUACUCAUGCUGAAUAUGUAAAUGACUAUCACUAAGGCAAAAAAUUAAAAUCUUCUGGACGGUAACAUUGAAAGAAAGUAAUUGUUGCCUUUCCUUUGAAUUCAUGCCAACAAUGUGACUUCAUGUUAUAUGCAAAGUUUCUUUUUGUAAAUGCUUCUAUUAAUGUUAUUAAUGGUGUUUCCCCAAUAUAUGUAAAGAGCCUUUUAAAUAAUUCUUCUGUAUAUGUAUGAGAUGUAUGUUUGUAUGCAGGAAGAACAAUAAAACCAUGCGUCUUCAAAUCAAAGAA